GUGCAGUUUCAGGAUGUUACCAUGUUGCUGAAGGUGAAAUACCGUAGUGUCAAGAAGUACAUCAAAUUGCACUCAGGCUUCACCUAUUCAGAAUUCACCAGGGAAGUCAAAAACAAGUUUGGGCUUCCUGAUGAGGCUCAACUUGACAUUUUUCAUGAAACUGACACAGCAGUAGAGGAAGACAUUCUUCUAGAGCUGUUGGAGGCCAAUCCAGACAUGUGCCUGACAGUACGUCAGUACAGCAUUUCAGAUGAAGAAUUUUCUCCUUUACCACCAUCUUCAACACCAUCUUCCCUCACGGAUACCACAUCCCUUUCUUCAAGUGACAGUGACCGUAGAGAACUGAGUAUUCCCACAACAAGCAGAAAUGUAUCCAGCAAAGAACACAUGAGCAGUUCUGCAACAAAGGCUUCCGUGUCAGAGGCGGCAAAGGAGAUGGUAGAAAAGGCCUUGCUUAAGAAGCCUGGAGGAGAGGUUAUUCUUGAAGAGUACAAGUCAGAAAAUUCACUAAUGCACCGCACUCGGAGACAGCUUGUUAACCUAUUGGCGAGUGAUAUGACUGAGAGACAUGGCAGGUUUCCUUCCCGUCAGCAGAAGGAGAAGUAUGCCCUGGGAAUUAUUACUCUCUUUACCUCACUGAAGGAUCCUUUUUCUCCAAAUGGCUAUGAGCAUUUCUAUGAUGGGGAAAAGGGCACUGGAUAUUUAGCAUGGCGCCUCAAAACCAUUUCCAGGACUGCAGGAAAACGGCCAGUCAAGGAAGCCUCGGUGUAUCAACCACAAGGACCAAAGCGCCGAAGAUCAGCAACCACAUUGCCUGAGCAACUAGAUGGAGAUGCCUGCAGGGAGGCCAUUUCAUUUCUUGUUCACUCUCCUGAUGAAGCAAGUGUAUUUCAGAAGAUGAAGAUGACAUUUCAACAUCGUCAGGACCUAGUGCAUGACCCACAAAGAAGCACAGAUGUCUUCAAAACAUUUCCAUGCUUUUUGGAUGUUAAAGGACUGGUGAAUCAAGAGUUCCUGCUGCUGUUUGGUGCUGAAAUGGCCUCCAAGAUGCUUGAGAAGUGGGACACCUCAUUCAAGCCCAAGGUCAUCAAAGAGGCCAAACAACUGACUCAGACAAAUGAGCUGUGCCGACUUCUAAAAGCUGCUGAGAAACUCACAGAGAACGAUGAAAUGAACUGGGACAGUGACAUCGCUUCUAUGCUGCUGCUUCUCUAUCUCUUGCCACCCUCAGCUGGACGGAAGAGGACCAAAAUAUGUCCAAGUGAUGCAGUGGACAAAAUGGUGCACUUUCACAAGUCAUGCUGCAGCAUCAAUGAAUAUAUGCAGUUGGCCGAACCCAGAAGAAGAUUGAUGCCUUCUACAUCGCCGUUGACAAACAGCUCAUCCCCUGCCAAGCCACCAGCUCAUUGGGUGCUUUUGAUGAACUGUUUAAAUCCCACUACGUCUUUAACUUAUCUUAUGAUGAGUCCCUGGUCCAUUUCUACACUUUUCUGCAGACAACGGUCUACAACAUUGAUGUUACCACAACAGAUGAGUCUCCAAGAGUUCGUUGUGUAUAAAAACAAUGAUGUGCGGCUGGAGUUGUCCAGUUUGGCCUUCAAGGGUGACCCCAAGAUGAAGAUUCAUGGAGUUGUUGCCUUUAAAUGUGAAAAUGUGGCAACAUUAGACCCCAUCACCUUUGAGACACCAGAAUCCUUCAUCACACUUCAGAAGUGGAACAGCAAGAAAACCGGCUCCAUUUCCUUUGACUUCCGCACCACUGAGCCCAAUGGACUUCUACUAUUUAGCCAUGGAAAACCCAAACAACAGACUAAAGAAGCCAAGAGCCCUCUCACCCAGAAGGUGGACUUCUUUGCUAUCGAGAUGCUGGAUGGUCUUUUGUACCUGCUUCUGGAUAUGGGAUCUGGCACCACCAAGACCCUGGCUGUGAACAAGAAGGUCAAUGAUGGAGAGUGGUAUCAUGUGGACUUCCAGAGAGAUGGAAGAUCAGGGACCAUCUCUAUCAACACAAUCCGAACACCCUAUCAAGCCCCUGGCGAGAGUGAGAUUCUUGACCUGGAUGAUAAUUUGUACCUCGGAGGACUGCCAGAAAAUAAAGUUGGUCUGGUGUUCCCUACAGAGGUGUGGACAGCUCUGCUCAACUAUGGUUACGUAGGCUGCAUACGUGACCUUUUCAUCGAUGGUCAGAUUAAAGAUAUCCGCCGCAUAGCCGAGGUGCAUAAAUCCAAUGGCGUGAAGCCCUCCUGCACCAAAGAGACACCCAAGCAGUGCCUGAGUAACCCCUGCCAAAACAAUGGCAUCUGCAGGGAGGGGUGGAACCGUUAUGUUUGCGACUGCACUGGGACGGGCUACCUUGGUCGAUCCUGUGAGAGAGAUGCCACCAUCCUCAGUUACGAUGGCAAUAAAUUCAUGAAGUUGCAGUUGUUGGUGGCAAUGCAUACAGAGGCUGAGGACAUGUCACUACGGUUCUGUUCCCAUCGGGCGUAGGGCGUUCUCAUGGCGACCACUUCACGAGACUCUGCAGACACCCUGCGUCUGGAGCUGGAGGCAGGCCGCGUCCGCCUCACGGUUAAUCUAGACUGUGACAGGAUUAACUGUACCACCAGCAAGGGCCCCGAGACCAUGUUUGUGGGUCAAAACUUCAAUGAUAAUGAAUGGCACACAGUGCGAGUAAUCAGGAGAGGAAAGAGUCUGAAGCUGUCUGUGGAUGAUUUGCCCAUUUUGGAAGGAGAGAUUCCAGGUGACCACACUCAGCUGGAGUUUCAUAACAUUGAGACAGGCAUUAUAACAGAGAAACGUUACCUGCCCGUAGUGCCCUCUAAUUUUAUAGGACAUUUGCAGAGCCUGAUGUUCAAUGGUAUGCCAUACAUUGACCUCUGCAAGAACGGAGACAUUGACUACUGCAAGCUCAAUGCCAUGAUCGGCUUCAAGAACAUCAUCGCUGACCCCUUGACCUUCAAGUCUCGUUCCAGUUAUGUGUCUCUCAGCACACUGCAGGCAUACUAUUCCAUGCACCUGUACUUCCAGUUCAAGACCACCUCCUUAGAUGGGCUCAACAGUGGAGAUGGAAAUGACUUCAUAGCUGUAGAGCUGGUCAAGGGCUACCUUCAUUAUGUCUCAGAUAUGGGAAACGGUGCUCAUCUCAUCAAAGGAAACUCAAAUAAACCCCUCAGUGACAAUCGCUGGCACAAUAUUCUGAUUUCCAGAGACACUAAUAACCUGCACACAGUCAAAAUAGACACAAAAAUCACCACACAGACCACUGUGGGUGCCAAAAACCUCAACUUGAAAGGAGAUCUGUAUAUUGGUGGUGUGCCAAAGGAUAUGUAUAAAGACUUACCCAAGUUAGUUCACGCUGGAGAGGGAUUUCAGGGAUGUUUGGCAUCUGUGGAUCUAAACGGUCAUCUGCCUGAUCUGAUGUCAGAUGCACUGGUUUGUGUCGGACAGAUCGAGAGAGGUUGUGAAGCAGCACUGGUGGCAGCAGACAUUUCAGGGCCCAGCACAACCUGUCAGGAAGACUUGUGUGCUAAUCAGGGGGUGUGUCUUCAGCAGUGGGAUGGCUUUUAUUGUGACUGCAGUAUGACUACAUACGGAGGACCUCUGUGUAAUGAUGCAGGCAACACAUAUGUUUUUGGCAGAGAUGGUGGUCUGAUCACAUACACGUGGCCAGCAAAUGAACGUCCUAGCACGCGAGCAGACCGGCUGGCAGUGGGAUUCAGCACACAGCAGAAAGACACUGUACUCGUGCGAGUGGACAGCACAUCUGGGUUAGGAGACUAUCUCAAGCUUCGUAUUGUUACAUUUCAUGCUAAAGAGGUUCCUGUGGUACUGAAAUGCAUGUCAUGUACCUGCUCUGCUGGGAAAGCACUGUGCAACCACAUUGUGGCAUUAUUGUUUCAAAGUGCUCACUACUGUACCAUGGGCUUCAAGACAGUGCCAUUGCCACUGUCAUGCACCAGCUCACUGCAGACCUGGCACCGGCCUAGGACACAUGGAAUUGCUCCUGAGGCAACAAAUGACAUGGUAGUGUGUAAACCAGUACCGAAGUCCAAGGAUCAUGCCCGAACUGGUGUGAAAUGUACACUGUACAGAGCAUAUGGUGGUCCUCUUCCAGAUCCUCACAUCCUUGCCAGUGUUGAGAAACUGCAAGACAAACGCCCACAACCAGGCAUUUGCAAAUUGCUCCACGGGCUUGAGGCCCUUAAUUUUGUGGACUCUAAAUUUGGCCCAGUGCCAUCUGGGUCUUUGCUCUCUUACCAGUGCCCUCCUGAGAUAAGUAGAGACAUUAUUAAACACCCUGGUGCCCCUGGAUUUCUUCAGUUGCCCAUUGAAGGUCACAAUUUUAAAUUUCACAUACAAUUUGAGCCUAACUACAAGCAACAAUGCCACUUAGAGAGCCUUAAAGUGUCAAGGGAGAUCUCUGCUCAGAAUGCCAGCUGUGGACCCAGGUACGCAAACCCCGACUUACAGCCAGCAGAUUUGGUGAGAUAUGUCAUGUCCGUGGAGAGUCAACUGCAAAAUCCUUAG